CGAGCCCCAGAAGCUUUUAUUAACCAUUAUCUCUCUCUGUAAGGUGUCUGGAGUUCAUUCUGGAGGAGAUUAAUCUCAACAGGAUGGCCAAUGUCAUGGUGGCGUCUCACAAUGAGGACACGGUCAAAUUCACACUGGACAAAAUGAACGAGAUGAGUCUCUCUCCCACUGAGAAUAAGGUUUACUUUGGACAGCUGCUGGGAAUGUGCGACCAGAUCAGCUUCCCGUUGGGUCAGGCAGGAUUCCCGGUAUACAAGUAUGUUCCCUACGGUCCCGUGAACGAGGUCAUCCCGUACCUGUCACGCCGAGCGCAGGAGAACCGCGGCUUCAUGAAGGGUUCGAAAAGAGAACGCAGUCUGCUGUGGAAAGAGAUCCAGCGCAGACUCUUCAAUGGACAACUGCUCUACAGACCUGCGUACUAAAACACACACACACACACAACUGAACAUCAACUGUAUUUAAAAUAUGGACCCCCUCGCCCUACGGGUGAGCACAACCAUGUGAGCGUGGGGAACUCAUCACAAAAUGGACAUUAAUACAGUCAAUAGGUGUCAUAGUUUGUGUACAUCAGUGGCUGUAAAAUGAACUAGAGUUAAAGACAACAUGAAAUCGCUUUUGCAAUACGUUUAACGUCUGUGAUGUGACAUGAAACAAAA